AUGCUGCAGUGUUCUCCUCCUGCAGCUCUUUGGGAUCCUAGAAUUCAGAGCAAGUGUAUCGAUUCGAGGGUCAUGUCAGGCUAUGGCAUCUUCACUGGAUCUUUCAACACCCUCGCAGAUGGGAGCCUCGCAGUUCUUCCUACCACCGUCAUUCUCUCUUUGGCCAAUAGCCCAAUCAAGAAGUUACAGCUCACAAUUGUCUUCGGUCUCAACAUCCUGACGUGCAUAUGCUCUGGCAUCAAGACCCAGUACCUGGCGCAGCUGGCGAACCGAACCGACUUCACUUGGGCAACGUUUGACAUCUUCGCCUGGGUUACUGUCGAAUUCUUCCUCAUGAUCGUUUGCGGUACGAUCCCAACAUUGCACGGCCUCCUUGUCGCCAUCCAAUCCACAACUGAGGCGCUGAAGGAUGCCUGCUCCUGCGGCACGAGGGGGAACUCCAAUGGCAACACAGGCGAUGGAGGUCUGAGAAUUGAACAGAAAGACGUGGCUGGAUGCGACGCGCAGGUCACCAUUGGGAGGAUGGCAACACGAAAACCUGGGUGGGACAAUGCGCAGGGUGGCCGGAGCUCAGAAUACCUAUUUGAAGACCUCUAA